CACAAAGUAUUAAAAUAUUUAAUAAAAAUCCGAUUUCCACCUUCCUUUUUUGUCAUAACAAUGAACUUCACCACCUAAUUCUCCGACGACAACGACGAAAGUGAAAGUGCGUUUCUUCUCCAUUCUAUUUUCUCUCUUCCGACUUUGAGAUUUCCGUUCGGUUUCUGCUCGCCGGCUGUUGCUUCAGCACGACGACUCAGUUACUCACUGCCAGCUACUCUUUUCAGAGAAUUGCACAAAGCUGUACACCUUCUGGAGGACUUCCUACAAUGGAUCUAAAAGCAGCGUAUGACGUUGAACAUAGGAUAUCUACAUCAUCUAAGAUUCAGCAUGACCUGUGGCUGUUAGAUCAAAUUGAUCCAAAGACUGCAAAGUUUCCACGCUGUUUGAUUUGGGCUCCUCUUCCAGUUGUCUCAUGGUUGGCACCAUUCAUUGGACAUGUUGGCAUUUGCAGGGAGGAUGGAGCUAUUUUGGACUUUUCAGGAUCAAAUUUUGUGAACAUUGACGAUUUUGCUUUUGGUGCUCCAGCUAGAUAUCUCCAACUUGGUAGAGAAAAGUGCUGUUUUCCCCCAAAUCUAGUUGGGCAUACAUGCAAAAAGGGCUAUCAGCAUGCAGAUUAUGGGACUGCAAUCACGUGGGAUGAUGCCCUUCGGCAAAGUACGCGUAAUUUUGAGCACAGAAGCUACAAUAUUUUCACUUGCAACUGCCACUCAUUUGUUGCCAACUGUCUAAAUCGGCUCUGCUAUGAUGGAUCAAUGGAUUGGAACAUGGUAAAUGUAGCAGCUCUAGUACUGUUUAAGGGACAUUGGAUUGAUAGGAUGUCAGUUGUAAAAUCAUUCCUCCCUUUUACGGUGGUGGUCUGCCUGGGCGUAGCACUAGUCGGGUGGCCAUUCUUGAUAGGGUUGUUCUCAUUCUCUUUGCUCCUCGUGGGAUGGUUUACGUUGGGGACUUACUGUGUCAAAAACCUCUUAGAAUGCUAGAGCAUCCACCAUUUGUUGCAUUCUGCUAGUUGAAAGAACCCUGAGUUAGUUGAAGUUUAUACCUGAUAACAGAACUUCAAUGGUUUACCAUGUGGGGAGCUGGCUGAUGUCAAAAAUCAAAGCCUGUGCCCUGCCCCAGUAUAGAAACACCGAGCUGUAAACUUGCGUUUAACAGGAAAGGUUA